AUGUCUACACCUACAGCUGGAGCUCACAUGGACUCCGGGUUUGUAGAAGGAAAUGCUCCAGCUUCCAACGAACAGGAGAACAUCGCCAUGACUGCAGAGCCAGAGCCUGUGCGAGAAGGCUCUCCUAGCCAAACUCUACCGCAAAAUCCGCCUGCUCAUCGAUCACGUGCUGCGCGAAAAAAGCGGAAACAACAGCAACUCAAACAAGCCUUAGCAACGAUGAUGGAGAGUUUUCAAGGGAUUUUUGACGAUUCGGGCGCUGAUGUUUCCGACCUGGAUGAUCCUGCUCCCAAUAAUCAGGGUGCCGCUGGCGAUGCUUUAACACCUAUAAGCGACUACGGGGGCUUAUCACCACCACCUUCGCCGAGAGAAAGGGGAAGGAAUGAUAUACCUACCUUCCAAGAUGUCGCUCAUCGUCACCAACCGAUUUGUGCCUAUGACGAUGAGGAUAGCCAACCCCAACAAAUAUCCAGACGGGGAACCAUAAUUGAAGAGAUCAAGCCUGGGCCGAUUAGCUAUGAAACCGAGUUAUAUGAGUAUACUCGGUCCCCCGAUGGCGAGCUCGAAGAGCCUGGAAUGGUCGAUGCCACCACAACACCAGCGCCCCGAAAAAUCUCUAAAAUCGGUGCACGCUCGAGCGCCAAUGGAGCAAAUCAGAGCAACUGCGUCUUCAGGGUUGUAAGCAUGUACUCGAUUCCUCCAGGAUCUCGAAAAAACCGCAGCCGUUACGACAGGGAUCGAUUUACAUAUGCUAGAGAGAGAAGUCCGAGCAUUGAUUCAAUAGGACAAGACCGAUGGCGAAACUCGAGAAGUCGAACCUACACCAGUGGUCGACCAAUGCGUCCUGUCCAAGUAAUAGCUGGGUUGGGUAGCUACGUCGUCAUCUAUUCUGAUGUUAUAAUGUCGGCGAUCAGGAGUUGUGUGAAAGUAUAUCCUGGUUUGAGUCGGGCCUUUGAGUUCAUGAUCGUACCCGCUCCAUAUACUCUUAUUGUUCACUAUCGAAAGGAAUUGCAAGAGUACAGCGACAGUUUACCUGAUGACCCUGUUCCUCGACCCAAGCAACCGGAAUCCCCCGUCACCAGCAAGGAUGAUAAGGACGAUGACGAAGAAGAGGACGUCGUGGAAAGGGCCCCCGAUUUGGAGCCCAAGAAACACAUCCCGCUGCUGUUGGAUUUCGUGUUCACUCCCGAGUUCACCCAAAAUUUCGACCAUGAAAUGGCUUUGCGAAAGAAACCUGUACCAACAUGCACAUAUGCGAUGUCCUGGCUACUUUUCAGACCAGGGACGAUGGUCUACGCCUGGAUUGGUGACAGUGUCGAUGCCUACAUUGUGGACUGGUACGAGCUUGAAGGGCUGUACGAAAAGGCCAGAACAUCCCGUCGAAGGCCCGGUUUGGCCGAAGCAGUUCGCCCUCCAAACAUGUCUCGAGGAGAGUCUGUUGAAUUCAGUCCUGUUCCCAAAUCCGUCGUGGUUAAACUACACUAUCUUGAGUUCGACGGAACACAUGUCGGUCGCCGACCUCGCAAUGUCACGAUUACGCCCUUCGAAGGGGAAAAGGAGAUUACAUCUUUACCCGUCUAUCCGGUUGAAUUUUGCCGAGACCCUCAGCUUCGAGAGAAGUUGGUAAAGAGAGGGCAAAAGUACGUCCGACUCUGUCAGCGCAGCUACAUGUCUUAUAAAGGGGAUACUCUGGCCACGAUCAGUACUCCCUCGAGAAUGGUCAACGGUCGCGUGAUGAUUGACUCUCGAACAUACUACAAUGAUGAUGACGCCGCUGAUCGAAUUUUGCGGCUGAAAGUCCCCACUGAAGACGGCAUUAUUGCGUCACAAAGCUCAAGCGACAGUGACAGCAGCGGAGUUUCGGACUCGCGAUAUCACAAUCGUCGAAAGAGGCGCAACUAUAGACGCCGGAUCAAGGAUCUCAAGAAGACACCGCUCCGCCGCAACGGAAUGGCGGAGUAUGACUUGGUUGAGCCCAGCAAAAUUAAAUUCACGGAUGACCAAUUUAUGCUCUUCCCCAUGAGGAUCUGGGGUUUUGUCUUGAGAGAGCGUCGAUGGUACCUCCUGAAUAUCGAUAAUCUGAAAGAUCCAGUGUUCCAAGAGAACAUCAUCGAUGAUCUGGUCCUGAAGGACGAAGCAAAGAACUUGAUUCAAGCACUCUCGAGCACCCACGGCAUCGGAUCGGAAGACAAUCCCGGCGGUGAAGAUAACGGCGAAGGAUUUGGCCAUUGGAGCGCCGAUAUCGUCCAGAAUAAAGGCGAGGGCCGCAUCUUUUUGCUUCAUGGAAAGCCAGGCGUUGGCAAAACUUCGACCGCCGAAUGUGUCGCAGAAGAGGCGCGAGUUCCUUUACUCGCGAUUACGUGCGGAGACUUGGGCAUUGAGCCAAACGAGGUCGAGCGCGCAUUGAUGAAAUGGUUCAAGCUCGCCACAUUGUGGAAGGCAGUCCUCCUCCUCGACGAAGCCGACGUGUAUCUCGAGAGCCGGCUGAGCGGAGACCUAGCCCGCAACAGCUUGGUAUCUAUCUUCCUCCGCGCUCUCGAAUACUACCAAGGCGUCCUCUUCCUCACCACCAACCGUGUCGGGACGUUCGAUGAAGCCAUGCUCUCCCGUAUCCACGUGGUCCUCCACUACGCGGACUUCGACGACUCUGAACGCCAGAAGAUCUGGACAACAUCGUUCCGUAAACUCGGUGAUGAACGGCCCGAUGUCAAAGUCGGACCGGGUCUCAUGGACUAUGCGCUCGAGAACCAACGUGUGUUGGAUCUCAAGUGGAAUGGUCGCGAGAUCAGGAAUGCAUUCAACACGAUCGUCGCCCUUGCCGAGUUCGAUGCCGAGAAGAAACGGCGCGCAGGUAAGACAGCUUCGAUCGUCUUGGAACGCAGCCAUCUCGUCCAGGUCGUCAAGAUGAGUGAGGACUUUAAGAAGUACAUGAAGAGUACGCGCGGUUUGGACGAGAGUGCGUUGGCCAAGGCAAUGAAGAUUCGAGACGAUGCCGCUAUGCAGAAGAUCAUGGAAGGCACGGAUUGGGGAGCGAGGAGGUGA